AUGACGGUUGACGAGGAGGAAAAGAAGAAUGACGAGGAGAAAGAUCUUGAGCUAGAUCUCAUGGCGGAGGCGGAGCUACUCCGCCUCACCAGACAAAUCAUGGAGGGCGACAAAGAGGCGUAUAAGGACGAAGCUCAAAAAAUACUCAGACGUCAACGGAAAACCUUAAAUGAUCUUGAAAAAGAGAAACAAGAGGUUUCAAGACUACUUCGAAUGUCUAAAUCUGCAAGAAACAACCGGAUGGACGCCAUGAAAGCAAACAAGAUGGCGGCCCUGGCAGAGGAACAAGAACAGCUGAUCCUUGCCAUUGAUGAGGAGAAGAUUCAUCUGUCCGACCUAGAACGAGAGAUCAGGAGAUUAGAAAAGCAGAUUGGAAGUCAGAGGUUAAAAAUGGCGUCGGGAGGACGACCACAAUCAUGCCCGGCAGGACGGGAUAGGAGGGAUGUAUCUCAGAAGAUCCAGCUUCUAGAGAACCGUCUGGACGGAGUCAUGAUCAACUUUAACUCUACGCUUGCACAAAAUACUAUUAUUAGAAAGGAAAUAGAUCACCUGGUCGGAGAACGAUCUCAGUUCAACGAUAUGAUCUCCAAGCUUCAGAAAAAGAUUGCUGGAAACAAGAAGACGAUCGCUGAUCUAACUGAGCUAGCGAUCCAGGCCUAUGAUCAGAGAGAUGAAGCACAGAGCAAGAUCGUUGCAAUGAAGGAGAAGAACGAUAAAGAUGCGCGAAAUUUUACCGAGGAAAUGAAGGAGCUCCAGCGAACCCUGGACCAUGACGAGAAACUCAAGGACUUCCUCUUCCACAAGAGCAAUGACAGGGCCUUCGCAAGCGACUUCGGGGAGGACGACAAGGGGAAGAACAAGAAGCUGGAGGAAGCCAAGGACAAAGAGAACGUCUCCAAGUACAAAGAAGCAUUUGAGCAGAUUAAAAACAUUGUCGGAACGGACGCGAGCUUGGAAAAGAUCACCAGUGAUUUUGUGAGGAUUGAGGACGCCAACUUUGCGUUGUUCAACUACGUGACAGAGAUGAACAACCAGGUGGAGACCCUCCAGGACUCCAUCCUCAAGCUGAAGCAGGAUAUCAAGGAAGCUAGGGAGAGGGGGGAGGAGAAGGAGCGCCAGCAGCAGGAGAAGGUGCGGGAUAUGGAGAAGAAACUGGAGGAUAGCGAGCAUGAAGCGGAUAAGACGGAGACCAAACUAGAUCUCAUGGAAUCCGUCCUGGUCAAGUUGAAAACAGGGACAGAAGAUCUGUACAUUAAAUGUGAUUGUGGAAGUACACCAGUAUUGUCUCUGCUGGGAGAUGCUAAGGAGGAGCCUAAGCGUCCUUUUGUAAACGACAACAACAUCAUCAUGUACCUGGACAUGAUCCACGAGAAAAUCGUCGAGCUCAAGGGGGUCGCACAGUUCAUAGACUUUCAGGAAGGAAAGAGUUCUGAAGCUCCUGAUGUGAAACCUCUUCAUAAACUAAAACAUAAACCUGGACAGAAAUCAGAAGCUGGACAGCAUGGAGUACUGGGACGAGCUGAGUCUAAGCACGAAGAAGACGACAUUGAAGUUGGUCUUGACCAAACAAAACCAUUAGAUGUGGGACUACUGAAGACAAGAGCAUUCAUUGUAAACACUAGGGAGAAAAAAGAAGAGGAGACGAAUGCAUCAUCAAAAUCUCGUCCUAAAUCUGGGAAAAAGAAAUAAAUAGCUUCGAAAAAAAGCGCAAUUUUAACCGGUUUAUGGUUUUUAUAUUCAUUAUAUAAUAUUAAUGGGAAUCUAAGUGAAAUUGUAUUUCAUAUUAUUUUUUAAUAUUAUCGUUUGAAAUUAUACAAUUCUAUAAUUUUUCGGAGGUUUUGCAAAUUAUCUCAUUUAACUUCAACUAUUUCUCAUCCAUCCGAUUACCGAAGAAAAAUGCCAAUUAACUUUUCUAAAAAUGUCGGAAACAAUCCGAAAAAUGCGUAAAGGAAUUGAGUC